AUGAAGCUCCUCCUCCGUGUUUCAUUCACCGUUGCCACCCUCAAAACCUUUCGGAUCCGCGGCUUCGCUGCUGGGAAAGCAACGACUGAGAAGUGUUUGGUUUCAUUCAAUGCAGUUAUUAAGAGAUUGUGUGGGGAAGGCAGAAUCAGAGAGGCUGAGACAGUGCUUCAGGAGAUGACUGACCCUGAUUGUGUCACUUACAACACCUUGAUCAGUGCCGCGUGUGAGGCGGAGAAGAAUCACAAUCUGAGUAUUCCUUAUGUACGUAUUGUUGAGCUUUAUCAUCAGAUGUGUGUCAGGGAGUUGAGUCCCAACGAGACCACUUACAGGUGUAUGAUUCGAUUGUUCUGCGAUCGUAACAGGGUUGAGGAGGCUGUGGGGAUUUUGAGGCUCAUGGCUGAGAAGGGUUUGUCCCCUCAUGCUGAUAGUUAUAGCAGGAUUAUAUCCCGGUUUUGCAUAAACAAGGAGAUGGGUAAGGCCUUGGAAAUGAAGGUAGAGAUGCUUGACAAGGGCAUCUUUCCUGAUGUUCACGCGUAUGUUUUGCUUAUACAGCUACUGUGCCACCAGCGGAGACUGUUGGAAGCUCGUGAUCUCUUCCAAGAGAUGCUGCUCAGGGGUAUGUCGCCCGGAGGGCGUACUUAUGAUACUUUGGUGGAGGCUUAUUGUCUUAAAGGUGAAUUCAGUAAGGUUUUUCAUCUGCAGGAUGAAGUCAUACAAAAGGGUUUUUUGCCUUAUUAUGUUACUUCCUUUUCACCGUCUCUUGUUACAUACAACGCUCUUAUUCAUGGGCUUUGCUUUUUCCAGAGGCCUGACGAGGCUCUGGAGAUUUUGAGGGGCAUGCCUGAGAUGCUCUUGGACCCUGAUGAAGUUAGUUAUAGCGCUGUUAUAUCCGGGUUUCGCCGAAUCCGGGAGCUGCGGAAGGCGUUUGAAUUGAAGCUGGAGAUGGAUCAAAAAGAGACCUGCUGGCCGCUGGAUCAAGACACAAAUGAAUCACUUGUGAAAGACUUGUCGAAUCACGAUACUUUUUCUAGUCUCGUGAAUGAUUAUUGUGCUGAAGAUAAGGCGGAAAUGGCUUUUAAAUUGCGAUAUCAAGCUCAAUAUUUGCCAGAUUCGGUUAGCUAUUGUUUGUUACUUAAUGGACUUCAUAAGAAAGCUACGUCAAGAUUUGCUAAGAGGCUUCUUCUGUUUUAUAUUGUUGCUCACUGUUUGACUAUCCCAAGUUAUAUAAUAUAUGAUAUUCUGAUAGAGAAAUGUGCUAAUAAUGAAUUUAAGAGUGUGGUAGAGCUUGUCAAAGGUUUCAGAAUGAGAGGUUUAGUGAAUGAAGCAGCCAGAGCUCGUGACACAAUGCUUCACAGGAAUUAUAAGCCAGAGGGAGCAGUUUAUAACUUAUUAAUAUUUGAUCAUUGUAUAGGUGGUAAUGUUCAUAAGGCAUAUGAUAUGUACAAGGAGAUGCUGCAUUAUGGUUUUGUUUGUCAUAUGUUCUCUGUACUUGCUCUUAUUAAGGCUCUAUAUUGUGAUGAAAGGUACAAUGAGAUGAGUUGGGUUAUUCGAAACACAUUGAGGAGCUGUAAUCUCAAUGACUCUGAGCAACUUAAAAUACUUGAUGAAAUUGACCCCGAGAGAUGUAUAAUUUAUGCUCUUUUGGAUGUGCUAGCUGAAAAAGCCAUGGAUGGCUUGUUACUUGAUGGUGGAAAGUGUUCAUAUGCUUCAGCGUCGUGUCAUGGCCGCUUCACUCCCACCACAAUGGAAACAACACAGUACAUGCCCGAGGAGAUGGUUCAUGUGACCUCAUCCACUUAA